GGUAAACGAGUUCACGCGUGCGUCAUCAAUUCCUUUCUUGGAGUUUCACUGGUUGAGUUCAGUAACCUAGUAGUAGCGUUCUUUACCAUGGCUCGUUACGGAGGUCGUUAUAACGGAGGUCAAUAUGUGGUUCCCGUGUUAGAGUUGAGUUGUCCACAGGAAUGCCACGUCGUUCUCGUUAUGAAAGACCACCUUCUCGUCGCCCAUUUGAUCCAAAUGAUCGAUGCUAUGAUUGUGGGGAGAAAGGUCAUUAUGCAUACGAUUGUCAUCGAUAUAGCCGGAGGAGGAGAAGUAGCAGGUCAAGAUCUAGAUCUCGGUCUCAUUCAAGAUCUAGGACAAGAAGGUAUUCCCGAUCACGCAGCCGAAGUCGUGGUAGGAGGUCUAGAUCACGUUCUCCACAUAGGUCACGGUCAGUUUCUUCAAGGCGAUCCAGGUCUGUGUCUGUUAAAAGAUCAAGGUCUCCGUCAAGGUCUGCCUCACGCUUAAGUCGUUCACCAUCAGGAAGUCCUUACAGGAGUCCUAGUCCAGAAAGAGAUGGUUAAAAUGCCAUUCAUGGAGCACAGUGUUUUGAAAUUAAAGUUGUUUUUGGUUUAUACUGUUUGAGGGAAUUUGUGGUGGGAUCUGUUAUGGUUUAGAUGCAAGGGCUUGGUCCUGUUAAUUUUUUAUACAUAUAUUAUAUAUAUUUUGUUUGCUAUACAUUUGAAAGUGAAGCAUUUGUUUGGUGUUUUAGAAAUCUUUGUAAAUGCAGAUUAUUGUGUUGGUGUGCAGAUAUCUUUUUUUUUUUUUUUUUUUUUUUCCAUCAUAUGGAUUACUAAGUUACUUGUUUUUGUAUCUGGAAAUUGACUGUUUCCAAAAAAUCAUUUUUAUCCAGUCAUUAUGUGUCAAGUUUAAGGGAGAAAGAAUGUCGAAGAAUUGUCAUGAUUUAUUUUAUUUUUGUUUUACUGUUUUCAUUUUUUGUUCAUUCUCACUGUUUACAUAAGUAUGAGUAUUAUGGCCAUAUUUUACCAUUGGUUAAAUAUGUGUUGCAGACCUAGAUUGUAAGAUGUUAAACAAGUUUAACUGUUGUAUGAGCUGCAACUGUUAAAAAAAAAAAAAAAAAAAAAGUCUGUCAAGUUGUUGGCGAGUGAGAGCUCUAGGAAGAUAAGCAGAUGUAAGGUGGCUUCAGUGCAGUUUAUGCAUUUUAUUAUUACAGUGUAUGGGCAGAAAAUAGUUUUAUGUUUACUUUGCAUUGUGUAUAAAAUACACAACUUGCAGACAACUCUUUGUCAUGCAUCUUAAUUUGAGCACUGCAUUUUUUCCUCACUUGUGUUAUUGCAGGAUUUCUGGUGCACUAGUUUUGGGUACACACGUAUACUCAGUACUGGAUUAAUGAGCAAUUCAAACUGAGAAGUAUGCCUUUUUGGCUUGAUAUUUUGAAUUUAAGCAUCUGUAGCCUGCUGUAUUUCCACAUUUCUGUAAGUUGUUAACAAAAAUUGUAUGACAAAAUAUUUUAAAGUAGUUAUACUGUGAACAGUCCCAUAACUGAAAUAUUUGAUGUAGUUUCCAAAAUACAUCAGCAUGUGUGCUUUUAAUUCAGCAGGAGUAAGACAUAGGAAAUGUCUACCAAUUUUUCAUAGUUUUGUAACUGCACUGAUGAAGUACUAACUUGUUACUAUGGUUUAAGAAAUUCUCCACUGAAAGUUAACAUUCAAGUAAAUGUUUUCUGUUCA